CAGAAACAACAGGUUCCUCCCAAUACGGUGGGCGCAGAGAUAUCUUCGUUUGGAACGGCACCCCCUAGCAAUCCGUCAAGCAACGACCCAGUUGAUCUGAAUGCACAACCGCUUCCAUCUACUCUGUCACCAACGGCAUCUUCAUUCAGUGUUCCAUCACCGCCCUCUCCUACCCCUCCACCUCUUCCUCGAGAUGCGUCAGAUCAACUGCCUCAAGCCAGCCCGACUGCAACGGUUUCUCCUUAUCCGAUUAACAUUGAUCCGACGCCCACCAUCAAAAUUAAUCCACAGCAACCAUCAGGGAAUUUACCGGUUAACGACAAUACAGCUGGAUCUUUAUCAGCUACUGAUGCUGCCAUGCUGAGGAGACAUUCUGAUGUUCCGAAUGACGUUGGGCAUAUGGCAUCAAUUUCAACAGAUCAUCUAUGGCCUUCAUCGGAUGAAGUGAAUAGCUCUCAGGAACCACUCCAAGGUAAAAGCGGUGAUGGCGAGAAGCAAUCAGAAUCACAUGGUGAAGCAUUGCCGAACCAACUGGGAGCAACGGUACGUCAUCCGGAAAUCUCUUCAUAUGUUUAG